AUGAGCGCACUCCCGCAGGGCACGGGCAACUUCAACCGCGAGGGAAAUGCCUUGAGCAAGCAAGCAAGUCUGGACGGAGAAGCACCGAGCGGCGGCGCCCAGGACCAGCUUUCGGUAUCCCCUUGCUUUGCCCUUGGGGUGCCCUGGGGCUCUUUUGCGUGCCAGUUCUUUGGCUGGCCCGAGGCCCGGGGCAGCCCAGACUGCCAUCCGCGGGGAGGGGCCGCCGGGGCCCAGAGCAAGUGA